AUGCAAUUUGCUAAAGCAGAACCUAAGCCUGAUGCACCUUCAUCACCAAUUUAAAAGAAGGGCUAAGCGGCUCGAGUGGGCGAGUCGGAGGGUCUUAGCAGUGAUAUCGGGGGUUCGAAUCCUAUACCGCCCCCUUUAUUUCGAAAAAUUCCAUGUAAAAAUGUGAAUGUUACCAGCGGUCUCCUUGGUAGGAGGGAAGGGCCAAAUCUGAUAGGUGGUAAAGAGGAGGCCCCAUUCUGA